AUGUGGAGUGUUCAUCUCCCCGUGGGUGCCCUCUUGUUACUUUUUGGCUGUUUCGCUGCAGCCACCGAGGCUCACUGGCCAUAUGCUUCUUUCAAUACUGGUCCCUGGCAACCUCCUCAGCUGCAGUUAAACAAAACGGCAGGCGUCGACCCAGGUCUCAUCUUCAUCCCCAUUCGAAACGAGAACACGCUCGGCACUGCCGUGACCAUCUACGACAACGAUGGUGAAAUGAUCUACCAGGGGCCCGAAAUGACCUCCAUGGACUUUCGGGUGCAAACACUCUUCGGCGAGGAUGUACUCACCUACUGGUCCGGUGAGGUUGGAAUCGACGGUGGCUAUGGUUAUGGCAAGGUCCACAUUCUAGACAAGACAUACCGGGAGAUUCACACUAUCACGCUGACCGACAACUUCGUUACGGGCGACAAUGAGACACGCGACUCAUACAUCGAUGUGCACGAGCACUUUAUCACCGACAGCAAUACCAUACUGGUCUCCGCCAUCAACAUCACCCAGUAUGAUCUGAGCUCCUUCGGACGUCCUUCUGACUCGUGGAUUACCACCAACCUCUUCUACGAGAUUGACAUUGCCACCAACGAAGUUAUCUUUAAAUGGAAUGCCCUCGACCACCAGGACAAAAUUCCGCUAUCCGAGUCUCGCCAAUGGAUGUACACACGCCCUAUUCAAGCGAUGUCCUGGGAUCCGUACCACACGAACUCAAUCACUCCUACCAAGGAUGGAUACAUCGUCUCCAUGCGCUUCUACUGCUCUGGAUUUUACCUGAACAAGGAUGGUACUGUCCGAUGGCAGCUUUCGGGCAAUAUCGGAGAAGGCGACUUCACAGGCGAAGACCUCCGCUUCUCAUGGCAACACGACAUUCGCAUAUACAACGAAACAGACGAGCACCUCGUCCUCAGUCUCUUCAACAACGCUAAAAAACAAAACAUAUCCGAGAGCGAGACAACAGCCAUGGUCUUCGACAUCGACCUAACCACCAUGACCGGCUCACUGCUCUACAAUCUAUCGGAUCCAACAAAUGCAAUUUAUGCCGGGACCCAGGGAAACCUAGAAAUCCUCGGCAAAGAAACAGCUACCUCAAAUAUGUUCGUCGGCUACGGAUCUGUUCCGUAUGUUAAAGAGUACAACAGUAAAGGCGAAGUCGUUCUAUCAGGGAAAUUCGGUGCGCUUGAACACGCCAUGUCCUAUCGCGCUUUCAAAAAUAAAUGGGAAGCCACACCCUUCUGGAAUCCUGCUGCUGUGAUUAAAGAUGGGGUCAUUUACAUGAGUUGGAAUGGCGCCACUGAAUAUGAUAGCUGGGCCGUCUACUCCCUUCCGUCUCUGGUCUCGAAUGCAACUCACCCCAUGAGUACCCAUCCACGUACUGGUUUCGAAACAAAUAUGAGCAUUUCUGAUACGGGUGCAAAAUUUGUCAAGGUUGCUGCUCGCAAGGGUGAGACAAUCUUGCGAUUCAGUGAUCCUGUCGAGGUCUGA